AUGUCAGUCGGGACAUCCCACGUUGCUGGGCUACGGCGUUCGAUCACCGAAACUGGGCCGCGACCUUGGGACCUCCAGAUGGUGUUAGUCUCGGAGGUCGUUCACCGAUUUCUGGAGCCUUGGUAUCGGCUGCCAUUGGUCCCAGUGAAAUAUUUGAUCCUCUGCUUCCCGAGAGCCACAUCGAGGGUUCCGAUGUUGCGGAUGUCUCCUCAAAUCAAUGGAGCCAUUCCUGGUUUAGUUAACGAAUCAGAUAAGGGAAUUCCGAUCUGGCAGUAA